AUGUUGGCGUUCUUCGUGUUGGCGGUCAUCUUCUCAGCGUCGCCGAAGUCGGUUCUCUCGGCUGGACCUUCGGCGGAACGCUUUGUUUAUCCACGGCUGCUGCAAGCAAGGGGAGUGAAUGGCGAGAAGUUGCUUCACAUUCGAGAUGGACUGACGCUUCACUUGGAGGAGACCUCUGUCUUGGCUGAGAACUUCAUCCUCAGCGCAUUUGAAAACGGCGAUCAAAUUGAUACGCCGAUGAAUGGAAGGGAGCUCGAAAAGAACGUGUACCGUGACCGAAACCAAGUGGCGGCAGUAUCGGUCAAAGAAAAGGAUGGAACGAUCGAAGUGAGAGGAGCUGUGAGCCCCAAGUUAAGGAUUGCUCCUUCGCCACUCAUGGCUCGAUCUGAAGAUGGGCAGAUUGCGCAUGAAUUAUUCGAAAUCGAGGAACGUGGGGAUUUUAGGAGCGAUUAUAUUGUUCCACCUAAUCUCAAGGUGCAAGAACGUGCUCUGGUUUUUCGGGACCAAUACGCAAAGGUUCCUGAAAAUUUUACAGUUGAAGUUUCAGUCUUGAUUGACCAGUAUAUGAAUGCGGAGUUCACGGACGAGGAAGACAUCAUACCGUAUCUGACUAUGCUAAUGACCUUGAUAAACUUGCGAUACGAAGACACAUCCGACCCGUUUAUCCAAUUUAUGCUGGUACAAGUAUUGGUGGCGAAGAGGAGUGAUCCAAUUUCACUCACAAUGUACGAGGAUGAUGUGAACAAAGCGAAUACGAAGAAAUUAUACAUGCAAUCGGGUAAGACUCUACAGAGACUAGCGGAGGCCGUAAAGGAUGGAACGGUCAAAACUUCUGCGGAUGUGGCGGUCCUGAUUACAGCACUAGAUCUGGCAGAUAAGGAAAAUGGCAAAGUGGAAAAUGGUGUCAUGGGUGUGGCGUACGUCACUGCCGUGUGCAACCCAAGUUUACGAGCUGCUCUUGCCGAGGACCACGCCUACACAUUUUCCACGGUUGGCGUGACUGCACACGAACUUGCACACGCACUCGGUAGUGUUCACGACGGAGAGAUACCCAUCUUUGUGACCCUCGGAAAGACACCCAAGAUUUGUGACCCAAGGGACGGACACACAAUGGCACCUACAGCUGGCGGCGCACGUUUCGGGGUGUUCUCUUCGUGUUCCCUGGACGAAAUGUCGUCUUUCGCCGGGACUUUAACUGAAGAAUGCUUCAAGAUUGCAUCGUCCAAAAACCACACAUCUUCCAAGAAACCAAAGCCAGGCACAAACUGGAACUUGUUUCCAGGUCGAACCUGGAACAAAACAUUCUACUGCCAGAAAUUACAUCCCCAAUUCCUAGGCGUCACAGGACGUGACGACGAGGCAUACAGUCCCCGAUGCAAGCUACUGUGCUGUCCUAAAAACCACCCUACGUGCUUCGUGAAUGACAUGGUGGAUGGCAUGGGAUGUGGUGGUGAUAAGGUGUGCAUGAGGCACGUGUGCGCAAGACCGGGCGGGCACCCAACGGCACCGCCACGCACGACGACCACGCGGUCUACAACCACUACGAGGGCUACCACACCGAGGAGGCCUUGGCGAUGGACAGGGCUAAAUAGGGGCAGAAGGCCUGCCGCAAAGCUCUUGUGAAGACUGUGAUUCGCAGCCACCAGCCAUCUACCGAAUUCAAAUGAACAGUUCGCUGUCGAACGCCCAAUGCACAGCAUAUAUCCCGCCUUUUUAGGAUGCACGGGGAGAUGGCUAAAAAUAAAAUGUAUACAAGCACCAGUGUCAAUAUUCACCAGA